CGCGCGUCGGACGUACCGUCGUUCUGUAGACCACCUGUGGCUCGAUCUGGCUUUUGGAUUACAGUGCGUGUAGACUUGUGAUACCAGUUGUGGAUUUGAUAUGUGUAUACUGUGAGAUUUUUAAUUUGAGUUUUUGGUUCAUGUUAUGACUGUGUGUGUAGCGGGUCUUAUCAAUAGGAUAGUGUGAGAUAUGCAGACAUAACCCUCAAGUGACAUAGUGUAGUAGUGACAAUGUGCUAGACAGUGCUAGUAACACAGUGACAGUGACUAAGUAUGUGCAGUGUAGUUGGUAGACAAAAUGUGUACUACGAGGAAUCUGGUAGCUGUAUUGUGUGCGUUGGCGUGCGUAGCCGGUUUCCAACAACAGUACUUCAGGAUAGUCCCCCGAAGCCUGAGGGUCCAUGAGGGUUCGGAGGCAGUUCUAGAAUGUGCUGUCGCUAAUCUGGCUGGACAGGUGCAGUGGGCGAAGGAUGGGUUCGCACUUGGUUUCUCUUCAGUGAUCCCCGGCUACCCUCGCUACACAAUGAUCGGGGACCGUCGGCACGGCGUUUACAACCUUCGGAUAGUGAACUCUUCGUUAGAAGACGAGGCGGAAUACCAGUGCCAAGUAGGGCCAGCGCAGAUGCAUAAGGUCAUAAGGGCCAACGCGUCGCUCACUGUUAUAGCACCCCCCACCUCCGUGGAAAUCACGAACCACCCGAACCCCAAGCUGGAAGUGAAGGAAGGCGAAGACGUGGUUCUGGAGUGUCAAGCGAAGAACGCGAAACCUGCGGCCAGGAUUGUGUGGUACCGCGGGAAUAUCGAGCUCAAAGGAGAUAAAGUGUCCAAGGAGGAGAUACGAGAUGUCGAGAGUCAGAAUGGAAAUCCUAAAAAUACGAGAUACACCACUAUAUCAAGGGUCCAUUUCAAAGCAUCAGCAGACGAUGACUACGCUGAUUUCACAUGCGAAGCUCGACAUGAGGCGUUGCAACGAGAUUCACCUUUACGGAGCACUGUUCAACUAAGUGUGCUAUAUCCCCCCGGAGCCCCGUACAUCGAAGGUUACGCCGAAGGCGAGACAGUGCGACGAGGCCAGAGCUUGGAACUGGUAUGCAGAAGCCGUGGGGGAAACCCACCAGCUCAGCUUAUCUGGUAUAAGAACGGGGAGCAAAUACGGAUGGCUUACAGAACCAGUGGCCGAAUGUCCGAAAAUAUCUACUCGUUCAAAGCAGACGCAUCCGACAACAAGGCUAGGUAUACCUGCGAGGCGAAAAACGUUAUGAUCAGCAACACUUUGAAAGCUGAGAUCGAUCUGACUGUUCUAUUCGCUCCAGCUCACGUCACCAUCACUGGCCCCACAGAAGCCAGAGUUGGGGACCCAGUCCCCCUAACCUGUAGUACUGCCCCUUCUAACCCUGCUGCCGACAUUAAAUGGCUGGUACUAGGGAAGCAUCAUAAAGAAGCUAGCAACAGAACUGUCAUAUCUCAUGAAGGUGGUUGGAUCACUACAUCCAACAUCACUGUGACUGUGGAGAAAGACAGGCGCUCCAUCGUCGUCGUCUGUCAUGGAAUCAACGCGCAACUGACUGAGAACGUUGUUGCUACUCACACCAUCAACGUCCUAUACGCCCCAUCAGCACCAAUGAUCACUGGAUACAUCCCAGGCACAACUCUUCAGGCUGGCACGGUGCAGAAGCUAGCUUGCAUGUCCACUGGUGGCAACCCACUGGCUACGCUCACUUGGUUUAAAAAUGAUAAGAAGAUCCCUCACACCAUAACCCGCACUGCAGACAAGUCAGUCACCGCUGAGAUCUCCAUCUUAGCCAAUGUCACUGACAACCAAGCUCAAUACCGGUGUGAGGCUACCAACAGUGCAACGGAGAUACCACUGUUUGAAACUGUCACCUUGAAUGUGCACUUCGCUCCAGAAACAGUGAAAGUGACAACGGAACCCAGUGAGCUCAAGCCGGGAAUCGAAGCCACACUAUCUUGCAAGUCAGCCGCUAGCAAUCCGCCAGCGACUCUGUCUUGGUGGCGCGAUGGGAUACCCGUUCAAGGUCUCCCAAUGAAGAUGAACCAAGGUCUCUACGGCGGGACGCUAUCCACCAUGGAGCUCAAACUAAACGUCACUAAGGACAUGAAUGGGGCCGUGUACACGUGCCAAGCGAUGAACGAAGCUCUGCAGAGGAGCGUGCACGAUGCUACGUCCUUGAAGGUUUUAUACGCGCCAAUCUUCGACGAAAACACUCCGCCCACCACAGUCGGUGUGGAGAACGAGCCUCUCAUCAUCAUGUUGCGCGCUGAUGGGAACCCUGGCAGCAUCACGUAUACUUGGACUAAGGAUGGACAGCCGAUUACUCAGUCGUCGUAUAGCAGUGGAAACGACCGUAUAAUAUCCGAAGGCUCCAUGCUGAAUAUCACCCGUCUCUCUCGCACCGACGCUGGAGUCUACACCUGCGAAGCCGUUAACUCUCAGGGCGCCGCCACCGCUAACAUCAGCGUCUCUGUUCAUUAUUCAGCGAGCGUAGUAUCAGUCAGUCAAAAUGAAAUAAGAAAUUCUGGUGAAGAUGCUACAUUGGCAUGUACUGCUACUGGUAAUCCACUCACUUCUGAACAUAUCAGAUGGGAGCGAAAAGACUACAAUUUCAAAUCAAGAACCUCAAGUAGCUUUGAUUCUAAAAAUCUCACUAGCUAUUUAAUCAUUAAUCAAGCCACCAAAGAUGAUGUAGGGAACUUCGAAUGUAUUGUAAACAAUGGUAUAGGUGAUAGAGAGAGCAAGCAAGAAGUCAUGUUGGUAGUGAAGACACAGCCAAUGAUGGAUUCUGCUCCUAAUUUGAGCAAGUCUGCCUCUAAUGUUGGACAAGUCGGAAGACUUAUUUGCAAAUGCAAAUCAGCACCAGCACCAAAUUUCACAUGGUCCAAAAACGGAGCAAAGUUACCUGUCAACACUUCCACUAAAUACUAUGCUGAAUACCACAAAAUUGACCCAGUGACAUACAUGUCUAUUCUCCUGAUUAAUGACGUUUCUUCAUCAGAUUACGGAUCUUAUGUAUGUGAUGCUAGAAAUGAACUGGGUUUUGAUACGGCGAAGGUUAAGUUGGAUAUCACUAGUGCACCAGAUCAAGUGAUGUCAAUAUCGGUGACGAACGUAACUUAUAACUCAGUAACUUUGGAAUGGGUGCCAGGGUUUGAUGGUGGCCUUACUACAUGGUUUAGACUUAGAUAUCGUAAACCAUAUGAAGAAACAUACAGAUACGAGGAUGUAUCACCAAGGAAUGCAACGUCGUAUACGAUUGGUGGGCUGGAGAAGAAUACAGACUACGUGUUCUCUGUUAUGGCACUUAACAAAAUGGGACAGAGCAAAUAUAGACCGGAUGAUACUAAAGCCACAACACUUACUUCUUCAGAAGUAGGCGAGUUGAACGUAGUGACCACGGAAUAUGUUGAAACGGCCGACGUGUCCAAGAGCGUAGUUGUAUACGUGUCCAUUACUGGGGCACUUCUAGUCUUAGUUAAUGCUGCGCUAGUCGUUUGUUUUGUUUUUAAACGCCGGUCUAGACGGUUGAAAGAACAAGCGGGCCAAGCGUCAAAAUCAGCGACGAUAGAGAUGUACGCCCCAUCCUCCUACAACGACACGAUGACGGGAGAGACUUUGAGUUCUGUGUCGGAGAAAUCCGAGACGUACUCUCAAGAUGAGGGGAUGGAUGAUAGACAGCCGCCACCGAUACCUGAGGUGCCGAGUAUGCCGAAUAGACAUAUGUUGCAGCAAACCGACGCCUAUCUCAUGGACGACCAAGGCCUAGUCAUCCCCCCACCAUUAGACUACCCCCCUCCGAACUAUGCCGUAUAUGAAGGCGAUCAUGCUAGGACGCUACCCCAUCCACAUAGACAUAAAGAUAUGAGCGGGCAUAGCACGUUGGGCCGUAGCGCAGGCAAACAGAAUUAUGUCCCUGCGCCUUCUCCCAUGCCGCCACUGGAUGGCUCCUAUUACAACAUGGCUUCUGACCGAUACCUCUCUUACCCGCCACUUAUCGGCGAAUACUUGCAGCAACAGCAAACCGGACGAACCCCAACUCCCCCUCAGCAAUACGGAGCAGCGCCUUUGCAGAAGCAUAUGCUGAAUGGAAUGAGCGGGUCACCAUCGCACGUCGCCAGUCCGCCUAUGAGCUAUGGAAUUGAUGUGCCCUUGGACCGACAAUCCGCAGGUGGUACUCUCAGGCGACGAAACGAAAAAAUGGCUCCAGUGCCCCCACCAGAUGUCACUGUACUACAUCCUGGAUGCAAUCAGCACCAGCUCUCCCAAACACCAGUGCCAAAGCAACCCCAGUCCAUUCUAAAGGACCCAUCGAGGCACAAAUACGGAAACCAGUACGGCAGUCCCAUUUCCUCAAGCACGCCACAGAGCAACUCCAGCCAGAUCCUCACAGUCCAAAACCUCACUUCAGAUGUACCACAAUACGGUACCAUUAGGAAAGAAAACAAAAAACAAAACGUUACUAUAGAUGAAUCUUAUAACAAAAGGAGUGAAACGCACGUGGUAUAAGUGUUAGUGUAAAUACAUUUAGGUUAUGUAGAUAGACUUAAAAAUUUAUUCAAUGUGAUAAGUGUAGAUAGUGACGGUGUGAUUUUUGGUACGGUUGUACCUGGACUUAAAACGUGCAUUGCCUUACAGGCAUAAACGGUACAGGAACGUUUUGUGCUUGAAUGUGCCAAAAUGGCGAAGGACAAUUUUUGAGAACGUUAUGGUGUGAAUGAGUCUUAUUGCGGUUUUUAUUUUUUAUUUUAUCAGAAUUGCACUUAGAAUGAACAUUGCUGGACAUUUUGGUGAUUUUAAAUACAAUUCUGUUAAAAUCAUGUUUGCCUAAAUGGACGAAUUACGUAAUUGUGUUUUUAAACUAAGGAUUGGGAUAAAUCAAAGUCAUGCCAUCUUUUUUCAUGAAUAGAUAAAGAAGAAAAUGUAAGUUUGUUGAUUGAUUGUGUCAACUGUUUGACAAGGUACAAGAGCAGGUAUAUGAUAUUUAUUGAAUUGUGAAGUACCAUAAAAUAAUUUAUUACAACCUUGCCUUUUUACGCCAUCAUUGAUUGAACAACGAAUAUUUUCUUCUUUGUCUAUAUCUUCGGUAGACAUUAAAUAUGUUCUACAUUUGGUCAAUUUUGAAAGCGUAUCUUUAUUCCAUAAUUAUUUGUUAAGUACUUCAUUUUGUGGUACUACUUAAUUAAGAUGGCUGAUUUUGCAAUAAGUACUUCAAGUAAAUAAUGAUUUUGUAAUACAAACAUUUCACAAAGUUAAACACUCAAUCAAUACGUUUCUAGAAUCCUUGAAUAGAAUUUCAAAUAUCAAAUGUGAUUAAAGUAUAAUAGGUGUCAAAAAUAGAAACAAUAAUUGAUUUUAUAGAAUUUAUUCUAUAGUAAAACUAAUUUACUUGAAGUACAAAACAUUUUUUCAGUAAUGACACGUCAUUAUUGAUACCCUAAUGAUUGACUGACUUAUCAAUAUUAUUGUAAAUUUAAUUAACGUCCACUCUUAAGCGAAUUAUUGGAAAUACUUCAUUGUCCAAAAUCAUUUUAGAAUAAUUUACUAAUAUUUGUUUUCUCUUCGAAAUGUUUGCUGAUUGAAAUUAACGUAAUUUGUAAUACGAACGAUUCCCGCGAAGGAUCUCUUUUGAUUAAGUUUUAAAUAGAUUUUCUUAUUAAUUGUUGAUAAAAUUGAUCUUGAUCUUUUUACAAAAUUUAUGGGAGAAUUUUGAAUUUGCCCAGCGGCGGUUAAAUCGUCGUUUGUUUUUAAGAUUUUUCAAUGAUAGCCCUUGGACAUUCGAGAAUCUAUAGACUGAGAAUCAAAUUAAAAUACCAUUUUUUAUCAGUGAUCGUCAAAUGUUUCUUAUUUACUUAAUUGACGUUUAUUAUUAAAAUCAGACUCAAUUUUCAAUCUCGAUUGUUCAAGCGUUUCAUUCAGAAUAUUGCAUUUAUUGUUAUUAAAAUGAAAUUGAAUGUUUGCUGUUUCUAUUUGAUAGCAAAUUUUAGUUAAUUUCCAAAUAAAUUAAAGGUUUGCUAGUGUUUGGACUGUAUUCUCAAUUAUAAUUAAAAUAUUGUGUGAAUAAUGACCUACAUUUUGACUCUGAUGAUACUAAACGUAUCUUUACUUUAGGUUUUAGUUACUAAAAUUGUACUGCCAAAUUUUCAUUUUGUAUAAUUUAAAU